AUGUACAACUUUGCCCGCGCCCGGCCGCUGGCUCGCGCUGUUCGCGCUGCUGCUGAGACACCACUGAUGCGCUCCCAGCAAAGGAGAGGGCUCGCCAUCCACGAAUACAGGUCCGCUGCCCUGCUCGAGUCGUAUGGCAUCGGCAUGCCCAAGGGUGGUGUCGCUACCAGCGGCGCCGAGGCAGAGAAGAUUGCCAAGGACAUUGGCGGAGAGGACGCCGUGAUCAAGGCCCAGGUUCUUGCUGGAGGUCGUGGAAAGGGCACCUUUGACAAUGGCUUCAAGGGCGGUGUCAGAGUCGUCUACUCUCCCCGCGAAGCCUCCAUCCUCGCCGACCAGAUGAUCGGCCACAAGCUCAUCACCAAGCAAACGGGAGCCGCCGGCCGGCUCUGCAACUCCGUCUUCAUUGUCGACCGCAAGUUUGCCCGCCGCGAGUUCUACCUCGCCAUCCUCAUGGACCGCGCGUCACAAGGCCCCGUCAUUGUCGCUUCGUCGCAAGGAGGCAUGGACAUUGAGACUGUCGCAAAGGAGCACCCAGAGGCUAUCAUCACCACCCCCAUCGACAUCCACAAGGGCGUCACCGACGACAUUGCCCGCAACAUCGCAACCGAGCUCGGCUUCUCCGAGCAGUGCAUCGAGGACGCCAAGGACACCAUCCAGAAGCUGUACAAGGUCUUCAUGGAGAAGGACGCCACCCAGAUUGAGAUCAACCCUCUCUCCGAAACCACCGACCACCAGGUCCUCGCCAUGGACGCCAAGCUCAACUUUGACGACAACGCCGACUUCCGCCAGAAGGAGGUUUUCGACUGGCGCGACAUCACCCAGGAAGACCCCGAGGAAGUCAAGGCCGCUAAAGUCGGUCUCAACUUCAUCAAGCUCGACGGCGACAUUGGCUGCCUCGUCAACGGAGCCGGUCUCGCCAUGGCCACCAUGGACAUUAUCAAGCUCAAUGGCGGCGCGCCAGCCAACUUCCUCGACGUUGGCGGUGGUGCUACACCCGAGGCUAUCAGGCAGGCGUUUGACCUGAUUACCAGCGACCCCAAGGUUACUGCCAUCUUUGUCAACAUCUUUGGUGGUAUCGUCCGUUGCGAUGCUAUUGCUAAGGGUCUGAUUCAGGUUGUCAAUGAGAUGAACCUCAAGACUCCGGUUAUCGCUAGGUUACAGGGUACCAACAUGGAGGCUGCUCACAAGCUUCUCAACGACUCUGGUCUUAAGAUCUUCUCCAUCGAUGACCUACAAGCCGCCGCCGAGAAGUCGGUGCAGUUCUCCAAGGUUGUCAAGAUGGCGAGGGACAUUGAUGUUGGUGUUGAGUUUACACUUGGCAAAACAAUCGGGCGUGACGAAUUGUUCAAGUACCCAGGUGGGCAUUUCCUUGCCAAUGAAAACAAAGCUCGAAGGCAAAGAUAUGUCAACUUCGACGUAGACCGACUUUGCGCUAUAGCUGCAGCUCUUGGUGGACAGCAUUCACCGAUCUGUGAGAUCGAGAAGAUGGAAGGCGGGUUCAGCAAAGCACUCUUGUUGCGAAGAGAGGAUGGCACCGAAAUCGUCGCGAAGAUGCCCUUUGCUAUCGCUGGACCACCAAAAUAUACAACAGCAUCGGAAGUGGCCGUUCUACAAUACUUACACACAUAUACCAAAAUCCCAGUACCCAAAGUUUUAGCUUGGGACGCUGAUCCAUCGAAUCCAGUGGGUGUUGAGUCCAUCAUCAUGGAAAAGGCUCCUGGUGUUCAGUUGUAUAAAGUAUGGGGUGACAUGAAUGAUUGGCAGCAACUCCGCGUCGUAACCCAAUUCACUGAACUUGAGGGCCAAAUGGCGAAGAUCCGUCUUCCAGCGAACGGAAGUCUCUAUCUUACUGAGUCCAUGGGGAAAAGCGACACAUACGUCGCUCUAGAUCGGGAGAUGGAUCCAUCUGGAAACUAUUGUAUAGGCCCCUCUUGCGAGCGAAGAUGGCAUGCGCCAGACCAUACUGACCCGAUUUGCCUUCCUUCGGAACAGCUCUUAUUUGAACGAGAGCUCACAUUUCUUCAAGAGCGCUGGUCUGCUAGUACACCUGGCGCACCCCGGGCGACUCUCGAUGAGGAGAUCACUGUUCUGAACCUGGCCAAAGAGGUCAUGUCUAGACUCAACGAGCGGACACUCAUGGGGAAGGUUUCUGAGCCUGUUCUAUGGCACACAGACCUCCACAUGGGUAACAUCUAUGUUUCCGAACAGAAUCCAGAGGAAAUAGUAUCAGUCAUCGACUGGCAAUCUGUCGUAGUCUCACCAUUAUUCUUGCAAGCACGCUUCCCAGAGUUCCUCACAGUCGGUGAGGACUACGUCCUCGGUACUAUGGAGCUUCCAAAGUUACCUCCUAAUUUUGACGAGAUGGACGCAGAAGAUAAGAAAUUUGCUGAACACAACUUGAAGGAAGCUAAAUUAGCAAAGAUAUACGAGAUCAGCAGCAAGUCCAAGAACAUACGGGGCUGGAAAGCUUUGCAGGUACCGCUGUUCAUUCGAGAGCUCUUUAUACGCUGUGCAGAAGCCUCGGAAGAGGGUGUGAUACCACUUCGGGCAUGUCUCAUUGAGUAUGCGGCAAACUGGGAAGAGAUUGGCUUCGAAGGCGAAUGUCCGAUCAGCUUCAGCGAAGAGGAGUUGAAGAGACACGAACAACAGUUUGAAGAGUACAGUAGAUAUCACGAGAUACACAAGUGGGCUAGGGGAAUUCUGGGUACUGAUGUUGAAGGUUGGCUAAUGCCAAUGGUGGACAUUGAAGAGGCACGAAAGAAAAGCGACGAGCUUUUGGAGGAGUUUGUGCGCAGGUGUGAUCAGUAUAACAUGACACCAGAGCGGAUGAGGGAGAUCUGGCCGUAUUCGGAACGUUCGUAA